CUAGAAGCGCAUAGGAUUCGCACCUUCAGCUAUAUAUUCACAUUUCAAGAGGCAAUAAAUUUGCAGAUAUAAAUAAUCUCUAGUAUCUUACAAAAGUAUUUCCAAUAUUAUUUCUAUUUGGUUUCGGUGGGCUACGGUAUAAGAAAGAGAUGGAAUCGGACCUGUGGAAGCACAGUAUCCAGCUUAUAUGGUAUAUCUGUAAUAGAAACAGUAUUAAAGAGGGUGUAGAGGGUGGAGAGGGUGGAGAGGAUGUAACUUCGCUAACAUGUAAUCUCGGACUUUAUGUAUGGAUGAAGAAAGUGCUGUAAUAGUAUAGUAGUCGCUUUGCUAAUUAUCUAGCGUUUUCAUUCCUAGUAUUUAAUAUAAAGGUUCGGUCUAGGAAUAGAGGAGUAAGUAUAGUAAGUAUAUAACAGAAUGAUUUUCCUAAAGUUAAGAGAAUUAUUCAGUCGUUAAUACUAGAGAGGCUAUAGGAAGUGUAAAAGGAGUUAGAGGCUGGCGGGAGCACCCGAGAUAAAGAUAUUAAAAACCUCCUGCGAUAUAUCUCAUACUUUAGCUAUAAAUAGGCUAUAUUGCAGGAGUCGCAGCUAGCUAUGUGCAGAAAGAUUAAAGUGCUUAUUAUUAGAUAUGGUAUAUUGGCAAUUUGGUUUACUGUGACGGUCGGGUCUAACCUAAGGGUAUAGGGUAGGUCCGAGGCGUGUGGUGUAUGAUCGAGUGGAUCAGGACGUCGUAGUGAGCAAUGUAGGUCACGGUCUGGUAAUGGUAGAAUAGUAGAUUCAAUGUAACCAAGUGUGUUGAUAGCUAAGGAGC